AAAUUCUUAUUUUUGUGGUUCAGUUUCAGAAAUAAAUGUUGUCAGUAAUAAUUAAUUCUACGUUAUUUUAUACGAAAAGAAUAAGGGAGGGAUCUGCAAACUAAAUCUACGUACAAUUGUUGGUUGAGGUGAUAUUGACAUUUAUUUAUUACAUACAUAAUAAUUUACUUAUUAUUUACGAUAUGAUGAUGAUUACAUACAUGAACCGGAAUGAUACAAUUCUGUCAAACAUUAUGUUAAAACCAUUAACAAAACGCAUGACAAAUUCCCAACCUAAAAAAAAGAAGCGAUGGUAAAAUCUGAUAGCGAUUUUACCGUGCAUUUAUUGCUAGCGCAACUCCGUCAAUCUGCAAGCAGCUGGCGGAUUCACAAUUGUGAGUGAGCUAGGUAAUCAGGCGUGUAUGCCCUUUGACCUUUUACCUUCUUAUGACCCCGGAUAGAAUGAGGUGUGGUGUAUCUUUGUUCCAGCGCGAAAAAAAAGGAUUUUUACGGUACUUCUCGACAACACGGACGAGAAAAGGCAUGGCGAGUCCCAGCUGCGGAGGUUCUACUGAAGGUUUGCGCACUGGCCACCCUGGGAACGAGACAGAAGAAGAAAAGGCAUACAAAUGUGACCAGUGUGACUAUGCGACAGCACGGAAAUCCAAUUUGGACCGACAUCGAACAAAACACACCGGUGAUAAACCCUACAAGUGCGACCAGUGUGAUUAUUCUGCUGCACAAAAAUGUGCUUUGGUCAUACACGUAACAAAACACACCGGUGAGAAACCCUACAUGUGUGGGGAGUGUGGGUAC